AUGGUCCGAUGUACCUGUUAUGGUGAUGUUAACAGUAGCAGUAGCAAAAAGGAAACAGAAGGCAGAAGCCAACUUACUCUGGAGGCUAUGAAAAUAUUUACAGAGAAUGAGAGCCAUGCUGGCCAAGAGGAACAAACCAAGCUUCUGGGGGAGUGGGCUUCUCUUUUACAGGCAGUAUUUUGUCCUCCUUCCACACUCCAGGGGGGCCCUGUUGCAUCUCUGGACUGUGACCUGCCUCAGACCCACAGCUUGGGCAACAGGAGGGCCUUGAUUCCCCUGGUUCAUAUGAGGAGAAUCUCUCCUUUCUCCUGCCUCAAGGACAGGAGCGACUUUGGAUUCCCCCAGGAGGAGUUGCGUGGCAAGCAGCUCCAGAAGGCUCAAGCCAUCUCUGUACUCCAUGAGAUGACCCAGCAGACCUUCAACCUCUUCAGCACAAACGACUCAUCUGAGGCUUGGAACAAGACCCUCCUGGACCAGUUCCGCACUGGCCUCUAUCAGCAGCUGAAUGAGCUAGAAGCCUGUCUGAUGCCAGACGAGGGAGUGGAAGACACUGCCCCCAUGAAGGACGCCCCCAUGCUGGCCCUGAGGAGCUAUUUCCAAAGAAUCACUCUCUACCUGAAAGAGAAGAAAUACAGCCUUUGUGCCUGGGAGAUGGUCAGAGCAGAAAUCCUAAGAUCCUUUUCUUCAACAACAGGCUUGAAAGAAAGAUUAAGGAGAGAGGACUGA